AUGGAGGGCCCCAGUACUUCUGAAGGACAGAAGCAGGAGCCAAGGAGAAGGGGGCAAAACACUGGCCUUCAUUACUCUUUUCUCGAGGGGCGAAUCGUGUUGGGUGUUUUCUUCGGGCUGGUUGCUCCUGAUCUGGCUGAGGAGUUCUCUUGGGUGGUGGUCGCCUUUGCUAUCGCAUUGGUCGUACUCUGCCUGAGCUUCUUGUGCGUCACGGCCUUCAUGGACCCGGGUUUCAUCCCUCGAGACCAACCUGAAGACAUGGAAAUGGGGCAGCGUGCUCCCACCAAGGAGUAUCAGGUGAACGGGUACACGGUGAACACCAAGUGGUGCAUGACUUGCAAUCACUACCGCCCGCCACGCUGCUCCCACUGCGCCGUUUGUGACAACUGCGUCCGCAAGUUCGACCACCACUGCCCCUGGGUGGGCAACUGCAUCGGCGAGCGCAACUACCGCUUCUUCCUGCUGUUUGUGUUCACGACGGCGGCGCUGGACCUGUAUGUGGACGGCUGGUGCUGGGGCCACCUGGCAAAGCUGGCAAGCCACAAUGAGGACGGCUGGUGGGGCGCCAUCCACCAGGGCAUCUCUGGCCCUGCCGCCCUCGCCCUCAUCAUCUACACCCUCCUGGCACUCGGGUUUGUGGGGGGCUUGAGCGGCUUGCACACGUUCUUCACAUCCACGAACAGGACCACGUAUGAGCACUUCAGAGCACGCGUGAACGGCCAGGGCAACCCAUACGAUGUCGGCUGCUUCAGAAAUUGGGUGCAGGUGUGCUGCACCAGAAUGCCUGAGCGUAUUGAGGAGCACAGAUUCCCUCCCCAGGAAAUGACUGAGAUGCAGCCGUUGGGCGGCUCGCGGCAUGAUGGGCACUACGUGCCUCAGCCCCAGCCGCCUUUCUCUGCGCCAAAGCAGCCGGUCCACGUCGGCAAGGACCCCUACUGCCAGCCUGAGCUUCCCAAUGGCGGUCCUCACAUGAUAGCAGGCAGCGCGCGGGCGGCGCCGGCGGCGGAGGUGGAGGAGUACCUGGACGACGGGGACGAGCAGGUGGAGAAGAUGGCUCCGCCAGUGGACCCCAAGGGCCUCCCGCGCGGCGCGCGCCGCUUCUCCGAGAAGUACUCCGACGACGGAAACCCCUCCAGCCGGCUAAACUCCCCGGAGCAAUCACUGGCUGCGGCGCCGGCCGCGCCGGCGCAAGACGGGGCACGCCGCUCGGCCAAGUUUGUGCCACGCUACGGCAGCCCCAGCCGCGCGGAAAGCCCCGCCAGGAGCGCAAGCCCAACGCGGCAGGUGAGGGAGAGCCGCGGGUACCCGGGCGAGCUGCCGGUGCCCACCGCCUCGCAGCGCCGCGCGGGCGGCCAGGCCGCCAAUGCCAACGCUGCUCCUCUCCCGGACACUCCACCCCAGGACACCGCGCGGUCAAACAUUGAGGGCCAUCCGAUCGAGGUGAGCCCCAGCACGACGGGGACGCCCUUCGCGGCCGCCCCGGGCGAGCCCGCGCCGGCCAAGAGCCGCUCCCUCAGCAGCCGCUUCUCCGCAGAGCAGCGCCCCGAGACUCCGCAGCGCGCAGCCCUUGCCGGCCUCAGGGAGAUGCGGCGCUCAUCUUCGGGCUCCCCCAAGCGCCUGUCGGCGUCGGGAGACUCGCCACUGGCGCGCCGCGGGACGCGCGAAUCGGCGCUGCGCACAGUCUCCUACACAGACAACGGCAGCGGCAGCCCCCGCUCCGCCUCGCGCCGCCGCACAGAGAGCGAUGCACCCUCCGGCGAGGAGCUCACGGGCCCUUCCUCGCGCUUCUCGGAUGACAUGGGUCCCAGGGGGCACCGCAUCAGAGUCUCCCCGGACCGCGCGUCGCACGCCAGCAACAACGGCAACGAAGCCCAUGAACCCGGCCUCGCCCACAUGUCGGAAUCGCGGAGCGGGUGUCUGCCCACCAGCCCGGCGGCCACAGUGUCAGGCAGCCUGAUCAGCGUGAUGAGCGGCGCUAAGGAGGGCAGCCUCGAGCACCAGGUAGUGGGUGAUCCAGAGACCGUCGCUGGCGGCUCCUCCCUGCCCCGGCAAGGCUCGCGCAGCAGCAGGGAUAAGAGGAUGUUGAGUGACUCUGGUGAGGUGCCGAGCAGCCCAGCGGAGAGCAACGGGGACUCCAAGCGCUGGUGGCGAUGA